AUGUUUGAAGCCAUCAGAAAGCUCGACACUCGCGGUUCAUUUUCCAAAGGCCUCUCCGAGGUCGAGAACUACUUAGCCUCAACCGACCAGCUACUGUGGUCAGAAGAGAAUUAUCUUAGCUUCGACUGUGUUGACCCGCUCAAAUCACGCCUCAAGCUAUACGUCGCCGAGCAAGUUACCAGUUACCUGCUUUGA